AAUGAGGUGACCCCAAGUCCAGUCAGCCAAUAGCAGCAGAGGUCUGAGUAUAAAUACUUUAGUCCAUCACCUGGUAGAGCUGGGCGACCCCUAUAUUUGGUGGAUAGGAUCUGAUCCCGGGAUCUGUUACUUCUUUCUUUUCUCCUAAGCAGGCGGAGUAAGAAUCACAGCCAUGACGAAGAACUGCCACAACGACUACAAAAUGAAGUUCUCGGUGGACGACGAGUUCCCCGAUCUGACCAAGCACAACAACCACAUGGCCAAGGCACUGACCAAGGAGAUCUACGCCAAGCUGAGAAGCAAGUCCACCCCCAGCGGCUUCACCGUGGAUGAUGUCAUCCAGACCGGUGUCGACAACCCUGGUCACCCCUUCAUCAUGACUGUGGGCUGCGUUGCUGGUGAUGAGGAGUCCUAUGAGGUCUUCAAGGACCUGCUGGACCCCGUCAUCUCCGACCGUCAUGGUGGAUACAAGCCUACCGACAAGCACAAGACCGACCUGAACUUCGAGAACCUGAAGGGUGGCGAUGACCUGGACCCCAACUAUGUGCUCUCCAGCCGUGUUCGUACUGGCCGCAGCAUCAAGGGAUUCACCCUGCCCCCCCACAACAGCCGUGGAGAGCGCAGAGCCAUCCAGAAUCUGUCCAUCGAGGCCCUGUCCAGCCUGGAGGGUGAGUUCAAGGGAAAGUAUUACCCCCUGGAUGGCAUGACUGAUGCCGAGCAGGAGCAGCUGAUUGCCGAUCACUUCCUGUUUGACAAGCCUGUGUCCCCCCUGCUGACCUGCGCCGGUAUGGCCCGUGACUGGCCUGACGCCAGAGGCAUCUGGCACAACGACAACAAGACCUUCCUGGUCUGGGUGAACGAGGAGGAUCACCUGCGUGUCAUCUCCAUGCAGAAGGGAGGCAACAUGAAGGAGGUCUUCAGACGCUUCUGUGUCGGCCUGCAGAAGAUUGAGGAGAUCUUCAAGAAGCACAACCACGGCUUCAUGUGGAACGAGCAUCUGGGCUACAUCCUGACCUGCCCCUCUAACCUGGGAACCGGCCUGCGUGGUGGCGUGCAUGUCAAGCUGCCCAAGCUCAGCACACACCCCAAGUUUGAGGAGAUCCUGACCAGGCUGCGUCUGCAGAAGCGUGGCACAGGCGGUGUGGACACAGCCUCUGUGGGCGGCGUGUUCGACAUCUCCAACGCUGACCGUCUGGGCUCUUCUGAGGUGGAGCAGGUCCAGCUGGUGGUCGAUGGUGUCAAGCUGAUGGUUGAGAUGGAGAAGAAGCUCGAGAAGGGAGAGUCCAUUGAUGGCAUGAUCCCCGCCCAGAAGUAAAGUGGACAGACAUCCCACGAUCGAAUGACUGUCGGAGUUUGUUUUGUUUUUUUAUUUUAUAAAAAAAUGAAGCGGUAGCCUUGUUGUAAAGUUAUUUUACUGGUUUUGGCCAACUGGCUACUUUCUGCUUUCUUCUUUCCAUCAACAGACACUCCACUUCUCUUUAUCCUCCUUCCUUUCUUACUUAUUUCUGCCAUCAUUACUCCUCUCAUCCUCUUCUCCACUUUCUUUGGUUUCUUCUAACUCUAACCAUCUCUCUUCCCAUCUUCUCGGUAACAUCCUGGGAUCAAUCCAUGCAUAGUCUGACCGUGGCUAUGUACACACACACCAAAGGAAUUUUUUUUUUGGUUGUACAAUAUAAUGGACUAUUAAAUGAUGCCCCAUGUGAGAAUCAAG